AUGUCCACCUCCCAUCCCUACCAAGAUCACCCAAGCUCCAAUCCAAUCGCGGAUGAGCACCGUUGGAUCAUCCACAUCCGUCGUUCAUUAGACGAAGAUAUUGACAACGAACCCGACAGUCCAGUUUCAAUUUUCAGUGUGCCCAAAGCCCUUCUCUUAACCAACCCUGAAUCCUACAUACCGCAGCAAAUAUCACUAGGCCCGUAUCACCAUACCCGGCCCGAACUCUACGAUAUGCAACGUUGCAAGCUUUCCGCAGCCAAAAGAUUCCAAAGACGCGUCCACGGACUCAAAUUCCACAACAUCGUCGACCACUUAAUCCCAUACGAACCGAAACUACGUGCAUUUUAUCAAAAGUACUUAAACUUCAAUGGCGAGACGCUGACAUGGAUGAUGGCCAUCGACUCGUGCUUCUUAUUGGAGUUUCUCGAGGCUUUUGCGAGAAAAAUGCCGUCGAGAACAUUGUGGUUGAGAGAUAUUACGGGUCGUAAAUCGGGCCACGACGCAAUCGUGAGGGACAUUCUCAUGCUCGAAAACCAAGUCCCACUUUCUUUAUUAAAGAAAAUAAUGGCAUUUCAAUCCGCAACUUCAGCUGUCGCGCUUCAUUCAAUCCUGACGGAUUUUUUCAACGCGAUUUCGCCUUUCGAGUUGGUCGUCAUGCCUGAUCUUGACCAAUUGGAAAGAUGUACCCAUUUGCUCGACCUUUUGUACCACUCGAUCGUUCCUGAAAUCGAGGAUGAUGAUGAGGAGGAGUAUGUGAAUGAAGAAGGUGAGAAGAGAAGCAUUAUCAAGAGGUUGGUGUUUUCGAACCCGGUUAGAUUAAUUCUCACAUUUCCGUUUAAAGUUAUAUCCAAUCUCCCGGGAGUGAUUUUGAUGAGACACGUAUUGGAACAUGUAUACGAGAAGGAAGAACAUGCCAACGGAGAGAAUAAUUAUAAUAAUAAUAAUAAUAAUAAUAAUAAUAAGGAGAAGAAAGACGCGGAUUUGCUAAUUGAGGAAAUCCGUAUCCCGUCAGUGAGUGAGCUGGCGAGUGCGGGAAUAAAGUUUGAGGCAAGCAAGAGGGGUAUUUUAGGAAUUGGGUUCGACUCGGGGACAGGGACUCUGAGGCUGGCAAGUGUACGGCUGGAUGUGAAUUCGGGAGUUGUGUUGCGGAAUUUAGUGGCUUACGAGGCGUGUGGUGUUUGCGGGGGCAAACUUGUACUUGCACGCUAUUUUGAGCUCAUGAAUGGGAUUGUGGAUGGGCCGGAAGACGCGCGUUUGUUAAGGGAGAGUGGGAUUGUGUUCAGCUAUUUGAGGUGCGAUGGUGACGUGGCGGAUUUGUGGAAUGGGAUGAGUGCCUCGGUGAGAAUGACCAAAGUGCCCUUCUUGGAUAGGGUUAUUCAGGAUGUUAACCGAUACUAUGAGGGAAGCUGGAGGGUGAAGAUGAGGAAGGGGUUUUCGUGGCGCCGACUGGCUUUGGUUUGCCUGCUGCUGUUUAUCGGCCUGCAGGGGUUUUACUCGCUUUUUCCUAUGUUUUAUAUGAGACGUCGUUUGUGA